AUGUACUUCAAGGUCAUAACUUUUAUGUGUGCAGUCAGCCUUGUCACCGCUGGACAGCUCCUGCACGCGGCCUUGCCCAUUGGGUACCAUCCAGCGCCUGCCAUCUCUUCAUCAUCAUUCUUCUCGCACACCGCACACGAUUUCGUAGGCACAAACGCGGCUGAUCUCGUCUUCAAAAGCUACGCUGGAAUCCCCCUCCUCAGCAAGAAUUUCCAUACAUCCAUUUAUAACACCUACGGUACAACUCCAAUUGUGUUUUCUUAUCCUUCUAUUUACACUCAUUCAACUCCUAUUGUGUACCCUAAGAGGUACUACACCAGUCCUGCAAUUUUAUCCUACACUGCUCCCAUUUACGCCAAGUCUAAAUUUAACCCAACCUCUGUGUCGCACUCUUCAAUUUUCACCCGUUCCUCUGCCCUACCUUACGCUAUAACCGCUCCUAUUAUUGCAAAAGCUUAUGUCAUUCCUACGAUAGCUCACUCUCACCCAAUAUACGCAAAGACUGUCACUCCCGUUAUAUCCUACACCUCGUUAUUUAGACACUCCAUCCCACUGACGUAUGCUGCGGCCGCUCCUACUAUGUCAAAAACUUACACUAUUCCUUCAUAUGUAAGAAAAACUGUUCCUUCUGCAGUGUCGUACUCUUCUGAUUCGACACAUUCGCCUUCUAUUGACUGUGAGGCUAGCCAUGAUGUGGAUAAUUCUCAUGAAGAACCAAUUGUUACCAAAUUUUCAGCAGCACCCGAAUUUAAGUCUGUUAAGUACACAAGCGUGGUAGACAAAUAAGAGUUUAAAAGUUCUACACAACAAUUAUAGGA